AAGAGGUAAAGAUGACUGAGAGGAGGAGGAGGAGGAGGAAGUCUCCUGACCAGGAGGCGCUGGAACAUAUUGUUCAAGGAGAGGAUAAAGCCUCCCUAGAGAGAAGGUUUAUAAACCAGUAUAAAGGGACAGGUGUGUUUACAAGAGAGCACAUCGAACCAAAAAGUUUUGUGGUGGAAUACCGUGGAGUUUUCUCUCGGAGCGAAGGGGCAGACGACAAAAACAACAAAUACGUGUUUGAUUUCAUGUGGAAUGGGAAGCAGUACUGCAUAGAUGCGUCAAAAGAAGACGGAACGCUGGGACGACUGGUGAAUGAUGAUCAUGAACAUCCUAACUGCAAAGUGAAAAGGAUUAUGGUGAAUGGGAGGCCACAUUUGUGCCUGUUUGCUGUCAGAGAAAUCUUCCCAGGAGAGGAGAUAACAUACAACUAUGGGGAUUCCUCGUGGCCGUGGCGCUCAGUGGUACCCUGUGAAGCACAAUGUGACCCGAAAGAUAACGAAAGCGAGCCAAGACCAGAAAAGGAUGUUGUCCUGGAUGAACAUGUUUCUGACUCUGACGUUAGUGAUGCUCCGUCUGAUGAUGAUGAUGAUGAUUACGUACCUGAAAGCCGUCAUGCUGCUCAGCCCUGUUGUGACGAUGAAUCUACCUACACCACCAGUACAGGCAGCAUCCAGAUGCCUUCAGCCGAGUCUACUGAAACCUCAGCAGCUCGACAAGUUUCUUCUUGCACCCUGAAAAAUUAUUGCUAUGUUUGCAAAAAACCACAAUCUAAAAUAGCUCGUCACCUUAAAAAACACGAGAAAGAAGAGCCUGACAUUGCCCAAGCUUUCUUGCUCCCCAAGAAUUCUAAAGAGAGAAAAAGGUUUCUGGAGAAGUUGCGGAACAAAGGUAAUUAUGAGCAUAACCAAGAGGUCAUGAAAAGUAAAGCCGGAACACUUAAAGUAAAAAGGAGACAGGGAGCAUCCAACAGCUCUGUGGAUACCAAAAUGUAUGUGCACUGUGCGUACUGUAAAGGUUUGUUUGUCCGUAAGGAGCUGUGGAGACACUCGCGAAGAUGCCCGUCAAAGACCGCCUCAGGAAGCGAAGCCAGUGUUACGAACAAACUCUUAGCUCUGGCCGACAUUACAGAGUCAGCCUGCUCCCAGGCAACGUCCGCUGGAGUGUGGAAGGUCCUCGGAAAGAUGAGGCAAGACGAGAUCGCAUCUGUGGUACGAAACGACUUUCUCAUCCUGCAGCUGGCCCAGUCUCUCUAUAACAAGCACUGGAGCGAUCCAACCAAAUUUGAGUAUAUCAGAACAAAGGUUCGGGAAAUGGGAAGACUUUUAUUGACCUUAAGACAGAAAUAUUCUAUAUUUAGCUUUGAAGAUGCUGUAAAACCAAACAAUUUUUACAAAGUGGUUGCAGCUGUUAAAACAGUUGCUGGAUAUGAUGAAGAGAAGCACUCGUUUUCUACACCAAGUCUUGCCCUGAAAUUAGGACACUCGCUCAAGAAGGUGGGUGGUAUUAUUCUCUGCAGGGCCAUCUCCGCACAGGAUGAAGCUUCGUUCGAGGCAGCCGAACGAUUCACAAAGCUCUGCACAAAAGAAUGGACAGGACAAGUCUCACACACCGCGCUGGCUGCUUCGAGUCCGUCCACGCUGAGUAACCCAUCCACCAUACCGCUCACAGAGGAUGUUCAGCUGUUGCACAAGUACCUGGAAGAGAGAUCUGCAGGCGCCGUUGAAAACCUGAGAGAGCGUCAGUCUCCUCAGGCGUACUCUGAACUUGCUAGGGUGACACUUGCUCAAAUAAUCCUCUUUAAUAGACGGCGUGCAGGUGAAGUCUCAAAAAUGACACUUGAGUCCUUCAGGAAAAGAGAGCAGGCUGCGCUUGGUGGUGACGUUGCUGCUAGCCUGGCGCCGUUUGAGCAGAAGCUAGCCGGACACGUCAGCUGGGUGGAAAUUAUCGGCAAAAGAGGGAGAAAAGUAGCUGUUUUAUUAAACCCUGAGGUUGUUAACGCAGCAGUGCUUCUGCUAGAGAAGAGGGACACAUGUAAUGUGCACAAGGAUAAUCCCUUCCUGUUUGGACGGCCAGAGCGUCCCUACACGAGCUUCUACCGAGGACAGGACUGCAUGAGAGUGUUUGCACAGAUGUGUGGUGCAAAGAAUCCUGAAAAUCUGACGUCUGCACAUCUUCGUAAGCACAUGGCAACGUUGUCCCAAAUCCUCAACCUCAAGAAUAGUGAUCCGGAUCAACUUGCCAACUUUUCGGGCCACGAUAUACGAGUCCACAGAGACCUCUGUCCUCCAGAGGACACUACACAAGUGGCAAAAAUCUCAACGCUUGCACUUGAAAUGGAGAAAAGAACUCUUGGAGGAUUCCAGCGAAAGUCUCCUGACGAGCUUGAGGUUGAAGAUGAAUUGGACCUGGAAGUGGAUGAAGGUGAGCAGGAUGAUGGAGGUGACGAAGACGAUGGAGACGGUCAAGCUGGGGGAGAUGACACCGUUCGGGACAGUGAAGGCGAUGGAGAAGAGGACGGUGGUGUGGAUGGUGAAGAUGGAGGCGGGGAGGAGUGGGAUCGUGUCCUUGGACUAAGGGAAAAUCAAGAAAUGAAGAUGCCUGAAGAGCCGAGCAGCCCCUCUGGGGAAAGAAAAAGAGCCACAUCGACCCAGAAUGAGACCAGCAGUUACAAAGAACCCCCACAGCGCCAUGUCUGCGAGGAGGAGGAGGAGGUUGCCCCGGCCCAUAGCUCCUCUAACCAGGAGAGCACCUCAAGUCUGAAGGCACCAGAAGUUAAAGAAGAAGAACCAGAACCUGCACAAGUUAAAGAAGAAGAACUACAACCUCCACAGAUAAAAGAGGAAGCAGCAGAAACAAAGACUGAAGAAACAUUUGGCAACUUCAACAUUGUUUCUAUCAAGAAGGAAGAAGAGGAGACGGACGGUCAGCUGCUGGAAACCAGUGAACCACAGAGAAGCUCCCACACAGCAGUGAGCACAUCCACGACUCUACAUUGUCUCCAAGAAGCUGAAGAAUACAUCCGGCUGGGCUCAGAUAAAGAUGUGCUGACAUGGAGGUUCGCUGAUCACAUCAGAGGCCGAGGAGUGUUCGCUAAAGGUCCCAUUUCCAAAGGCUCCUUCAUUCUGGAAUACAGAGGAAACUUGUUUAAAAAAGGAGACUCUGGGAGCUUUGGAACAACAAUUAAUGAGCACACAUAUGUCUUCACUCACAAAGGAGAUGACUACUGCAUCGACGCUUCCAGCGAGGAUGGCUCACCGGGAACGCUGGUGAAUUACCAUCAUCAGCCAAACACAAGCAUGACGAAGGUCGAAGUGGACGGGGUGCCCCAUCUUUGUUUAUUUGCUGUAGUGGGCAUAAACGAAGGUGAUGAGAUAACCCGGGAUUAUGGAGCAGUUGGUGUGCAUUCAUCCGAGACGGUGGAUCCAACCACAGUCCAGAACAGCGGUGAAUCUCCUGCAGCUGCUUCUCAGCAGGAAUUUUUGGGGGAUUCCCAGGUUGAAGGGACGAGUCCUGCCUGCGUGAGCAGCGAAGAAGGAAGACGAAGGAAGAGAAACGAGGGGACAGCAGGAAUGAAAAGGAGGAAAAUAGAUUGCCUGACACACGAUGAUAUCAAAGUCAAGGAUUCCUCAUUUGAGAGACGCUCAGAUUGCCUGGGACCAUCUUCUUCGUUGGGGCUCGAACAUAAAGAUUUCACACCUGUCUGGCUUGUGGACUGUUUGGACUCAGAAGAGAAAAGAAAGUUGUUGAGCUCAGCGCCAGGUGAUUCUGCACCUACAACCGCGUUGAGGGGGACGGGGCGAGGAAGAGGAUCUGUUGGAUGCGGAGGAAGAGGAGAACAACCACAACAUCUUCAACCAGCACCUGCGGCUGAAGAUGUUGCCAGAGUUAAAGAUCUCCAAAGGCAGAGAAGAGAAGCGACUGAGAAUCUUCUGCAGGAGAUGAGCCUCGAGGACUACCGAGACCUCACCGCUCGGAUGCUGGACAGACAGCCAGGCCUGGUCUUUGAUUUACUGGCCGAGCAUCAGAUCAGACGUGGUGCCCCUGCUUCUUCAGAAGUACUCGCGGUUCCUUGGUGUACCUGCAACAACUGCAGAGACAUGCCCACAGACCUUGAAAGAAAAUGCUGCGGCCAAGACCCAGCCCACUGUGUGAGCCUGCUGCCACAUUUCACACAGUACUGCCUGGAUGAGGGCUAUUUACGCAUACAUCGGCAGUACCGCGAGGACAUAACAGGGUUGGGGAGUAUCAAGGAGCCAGGUGAUGACAACAGAGAGUACCGGCAUGCAGCUUCCAGACACUUCAUCCUCUGGCAGCACGGCGUGUUAGGACGGGGCAGCAGGCGAGGGAUUCCCAGCUGCUGUGUGAGCAGGAUACGGGAGAAAUUCCCCGACCCUCAGGGACAAUACACCAACUACAUCCCAGGAAUAUAGAUGGCUGACACGAGCAGUGUUGUUAACAGUUCAAAUAAACACUAAAUCUUUAACACUGUAAACAGAACAGUCAUGUAAAGAUGUGGAUUUAGUGCUGAGUUCUGUUAAUUUCUAUCAUUGUUUCACCAAUAAAAGAUGCGAGUUGAUGUCA